GCUGCUGACUGCUGACUGACUGACUCAAGUUGUUGGUAGUCGCAUAUUUGUUGGGUUCUGUGUAGAGAACGAUCGAAAACACAGCGGUUCUUGGUCUACGUCAGCCCGGCGAUAAAAUUCCUCUUCCACAUCUCUUACUGAGAAGGCAACAUGUCGGGCGCUGCAGAACAUCCAGCUGAAUUGAAUUCGCCAACUGCGACUGAAUCCUCGGGUGCAGCUAAUGCCCUGGAGCAAGAAGAGCUCCGGGCUCAGCUGGCCGAGCUUGAGAGAGAGAUGGAGACCCUCAGAGCUGUGCUGCUGUCGAAGCAGGAGAAAGCUCAGGAGAUCCGCAGAAAACUCGGAAUCAGUCCACUUAGCGAGCUCAAAAGCGAUAUUGAGCAGUCCUUCAAGAAUAUUCAAGACACACAGGCCUAUCAAAAGACCACAGACGUUGUGAAGGUCGCCAGCGAGAAAACCACUCAGCUGUUCGGAAGUAUCGGCCGCAAGAUCGGAGAAAUGAAGAAUUCGCCAACCUACCGUUCGAUCGAAGAGCGCAUGGGCUCUGCCUACACCAAUGUUCGAUCGAGCAUCUCGUCGCGUAGCAACAGUCUGUACAGCUUCAAUGGGGAUGGGUCCGCUGCCCCAACUCCCGCACAGGAAGAAAAGCCCAUCGUGGCUGAGGAACCUCUCAAGUAGAGGAAUCAAAGAUGGCCGGUCCGACCUGCAGAUUAUUUUCUGUCACAAGGGGCACUCGCGAACUAUGUAGUUUUAGAAGGAAUCGGCCUAUGAUCUAGCGGGCUGAAGAAGAUCCGCCUUUGUCGUCUUCGGCGACGGCGUUACGGCUGUAGUAAGCGGAUAACGCUCGGCAGUAGACGCUAACGAUACACAAUCACGAUGCGACGAACGAGAGUAUCUUUAUUACGAAUAGAGAACGAGAGAGAGAAAAAAUGAACCCGAGUCUUUUGUCAACCUUGGAUCCAAGUUAGAACUGCUUCUCGAAUCCUUCCAAGUAUAUUCCCUCUCGAGAUCUCGUUGUGGCUCCCGGUACCUUGCCGUAGCUGGCGAGACCGUCUAUUUCCCAUACUGAUGAUUACUUCCAGAGUUUAUCUGUCUCUUCGUCCGCCAAUCGUUGAAGUUGCGAGACAGUCCCAGCUCGGAUACGUGGAGUUCCAAACGAGUUCGGGGACCUCUCGUAUAGGAGGCAAGUCAUGAGUUGCGGAGCGGAUUAAAAAAAUGAACUUCACUGAAUGCAAUCGUUUCUCUCAUGGUUGUCCAGACACGGCGUCGGUCUCUUAAGAAGACAAGAGCGCUAUAUGCGACUCAAGAGUGAAUCUAUUUUACCGAUCUUGAAAGAUAUUUAUGGAACGAGGACAAUUACUGUCACUUCUGUCAUUAUUACGCUAAAUGGAGGCGAGAGUGUCUCUCUGAGGGUUUGAAAUAAAUCCUGUGAACCGCCCUCA